CAUUCAGUAAGGCAAAAGCUAGGUUAGAAGACGGUUAUUGGAGAAUGGACAAUGUACAUCUGAUUGAAGGAUAUAUAUUGUAGACUCAGAACAUACUCAUGGGCAUUGGACGAGUCCAUACCAAGAGCAGCAACGACACAAAUCCUUGAAAUACACCCCAGCAAUUUGGGAAAAUUAGAAAAAUUGGGAUUCAGACUGAUUAGAAAAAGCUCAGAUACCAAUCACAAAAAUUUAGAUCUUAUGCAUAACGCUAGUUACACUGAUUAUGACCAGCUGAUGAACCCUGCAGUUGAAUUCAUCUAAUCUUGUGCCUCGAACUCGCAAUCAAUAGUCCCUUAGAUAGUUGGCCAUGCUGAUCUCAAAUUCUGUUCUCUGAAAUCUAUUCAUCUAUUCCGCAAGGCAAUAUCCCGUUCAUGAAUAACGAAACCUAGGGUCUCAAUUACCCAAGAAAAUGAGUUGGACGAGCUAUCUCCACAGAUAAACAAACAUAAACAGCUAACCAACCAACGAGCAAACGAGCACACGCAUGCCUAUUAUUGCCUACCUCCCCUACUUCCCUUACUUCCCUUACUUCUCCUGGCUGGAGGGCGAAGGAGUCAUGCCGGAAAGUGGGCAUGAGCCUUGGUCUGAGCCAUGCUCUGUCUGAGCACAUGGCCGGUGACUCGUAAUCCUUGAAUGGUUCAUUAAAUCGAAUCCCGUUGAGAAGUGACAGGCUGGAUAGACGUGAGCCUCCCUCCCUCAUCAUCAUCAUCAUCGUCAUGUUUUUGUUAAGUCGGCUCAGCUCUUUGGUUCGCCUGAGCCCGUCCCAAUGGAAACGCCCACUGCCCGAGGCCUUGACCGAUGCCUUGAAUGUCCAAUUGGCCAACAAAGUCAUGCACAAUGUGGGUCUCGUGCUCUCGGUGUACGACCUCUUGUGCGUGGGCGACUCGUACUUGUUGCCCAUGGACUGGGAAGGUGCGUCGCACACGCGCGUCACGUUCCGCGUCAUCGUGUUCCGCCCUUUUGUCGAGGAGAUUGCCGUGGGCAAGAUCAAGAGUUGCACCCGCGAAGGCGUCCUCGUCUCGCUCGGAUUCUUCGAUGACAUCCUCAUCAAACCCGAAGCAUUGCAACACCCCAAGCGAUUCGACGAGACCGAACAAGUGUGGGUGUGGGAAUACCCCACGGACGAAGGUCAUCAUGACAUGUUCAUGGAUCCCGGCGAAGAGAUCCGAUUCCGCGUGACCUCCGAAGUCUUUGUGGACACGUCCCCCACCGCCCCGGAAGCUGCCCCCAAAGAACCACCAACCAGCGGGUCCAAUGCUGACCUGGCCGAGGUGAAACGUAUUCCUUACCUGCUCCAUGCCUCGGUCAAUGAACCGGGUUUGGGUCUCAUUUCGUGGUGGAACUCCUAGCCCACUCCACCCAUUGGACAUAUAGUACACACCUCACGCCUAUUUACAGCUAUCCAUGGUUUAUCGCCGCUACUAUUUACCACAUGCAUUCAAUCCGUCAAAAUAUUGAGCGUUUCAAUGGCAACAA